AUGGGGGAUCAAUUUAGGGGGUCAGUGUGUGAAGGACAGUCAGUGGAGCCCAUAGGGGUGCCGUGGGGUGAGUGGAGGUCAAUGUGGUGUUCAGUGGGGGACAAUGGAAUGAAGUGGGGUCAGUGCAGGCGAGAUCAGUGUGGGGUAAAUAGGAGAGUAAAUGUGGAGGCCAUGGGAGGCAGUCGUGCAAGAGCAGUGCUGGGAAGCCCCCAGGGACAGUUGCUGCUGCACGUGCUCUGUGCUGGGGGGCUCUGGGCCCUCGCCCGGGCUGCGGCUGAGGCCCUGCGGGACCUGGGGGGACUUGAGGUGCGGGAGCACCUGGGCAAGGUGAGGGGCACAACACACCUGAGGAGCCUGAGGGGGCUUCUGGAGGAGAUCAAGGUGCAGGAGCACCUAAACAAGUUUUGUUUGGGGAGUCACUUAAGCUCCCCUGACCCCCCCCUUCAUUCUCUCCCUGAACCCCCCCAUUUUAUCCCCCAGACUCCACUGCUGGUGGCAGCAGCAGCUGCAGCCCCAGACAUUGUGCGGGACCUGCUUGUCCUGGGGGCCAAUCCUGACGCUGCUGACCACGGGGGCCGCACUGCCCUGCACCUGGCUGCAGCCUAUGGGCACCCCGAAAUCCUCCAGGCCUUUAUGUCCUCAGGGGUUCCUGUCAACGUGGAGGCCAGAAAUUUUGAGGGCCAGACCCCUCUGCACUGCGCCGUGCUGGCCCACAACGCCUCGCUGCAGGGGGGCUCUGGAGAAGGGUCCCCCACUCCCCAGGACCGAUUCCGCUGUGUUGAGCUGCUACUGCAGAUGGGGGCAGACAGCAGCAGCCAGGACACCAAAAGCAGCCUGACAGCGCUGCACCUGGCCGUGCGGGGAGGUAACCUGGCCCUGGCCCACCUGCUGCUGCGCCAGCCCGGCAUGGCCCCCCGCCUCGUCAACAUGAAGGCCCACGGGAACACCCCCCUGCACAUGGCAGCAGCGCUGCCUGGGACCCCCAGCCAGGAGCCCCUCGUCAGGCUGCUCCUGGCCUGGGGCGCUGACCCCAGCGCCCGCAACCUGGAGCACGACCUGCCGCAGAGCCUGCUGCCCCCCGGGGCUCCCGGGGACCAGGUGAGACCCCCAGAUCACCCUCACACCCAGCACCAUCCCCAGCACCCCAUUGCACCCUCAAAGUUACUGCUGAUGGCGGGAAAUGCUCCGCCUCCUGCUGAGGAGCCGCCGGGGGUCCCAUCGCCCGCCCCCCACCGCCGAGUGACGUCAGAGGGGCGGAGUCUGCCGGGUAUCAGAUGGGUGGACACCCCCACAUUGGGGGAUUUCCCCCCUCCAUGUUAA